UAAGAGCUGAGCUCAGGUGCGCUGACUCUUCCUGUCCUGUGUCAGUGGCUGCCAGCAGGCAGAUCAUGAGCCAUCAGCUCCUCUGGGGCAGGCUGUAGGACAACACAGCUCUCACCAAGGGACCAGGCGCACCGGGCACCAUGGGACAGUGUCGGUCAGCCAAUGCUGAGGAUGCCCAGGAAUUCAGUGACGUGGAGAGGGCCAUUGAGACCCUCAUCAAGAACUUCCAUCAGUACUCGGUGGAGGGUGGGAAGGAGACGCUGACCCCCUCGGAGCUACAGGACCUGGUCACCCAGCAGCUGCCCCACCUUAUGCCGAGCAACUGUGUGCUGGAAGAGAAAAUUGCCAGCUUGGGCAGCUGUAACGACUCUAAACUGGAGUUUGGGAGUUUCUGGGAACUAAUCGGAGAAGCAGCCAAGAGUGUGACGCUGGAGAGCCCCGUCCCGGGGAGCUGAGAACCUUCCCCUGGAAUUCCUGGGGGGAUGUUGGGGAAUGGGGACCUUAGAGACUGUGGCCUGGAAAUAAAACUCCCCUUUGCACCACCACCACAUGAUUCCCUAGUCCACACCUGCCUCACCUCUACAAAGUUCAGGUUCUUAGUGGCCCUUCCCCAGUGUCUGUGCAGUUCAUUCCUGGAGCUCCACGGAGCUAAUGUGUCCAGGAAUCCCCACCAGGGGCGGGGCUAGGGGUGGGCUGGGGCCAGGGAUGGAUGUGGAGGGGUGGUGGCGGAUGUAAGGGCCAAGUCAUUGGUAGCAGGGGAAGGGCAGAGAGGAGCUGGGCUGUGGGAAAUGAUUUGAGGGAGGGGGUGGGGAAUAGGCUGGAUAUUUGGUACUUAAAUGGGUCUCUAAGAACCUAUGCCUGCUAAUCUCCCCAACCCACACUGUGGCUGUCUGUCCAGUCCUGAGCCUUCCUGCCUCCAGCUCUGCCUACCCUCCUCCCAGGACUGUAUCCCUGGGCUAGGGUAGGGGAGAGAGGGCAGGCUUGGGGGAGGUGAAGGAGGGUGUGAUUUUGGGAGUGAGAGGAGCAGCUGGGUGCUUGGGCAUUAACAGAAUGACGGUUGUUUUGUAUUAUUUGAUUAAUAAAAAAUGGAAAAUGUGAAA